UCACGUGACCAGUCUCGCUCUCGUGCCCUCUGGCUGCUCUGUCCCGGGACUGACGGUCCACAGAUCGGUUCAUGCGCCAUGUCUUUCUUCACUCCGCUUUGCAGAAGCUUUUCCACCUCGUGUGUUAGAAAUGUGGUGAUAAAACAUGUGACGAUCAUUGGAGGCGGACAGAUGGGCGCGGGAAUUGCACAGGUAGCUGCAUCUACUGGCCACACGGUGACGCUGGUGGACACAUCUGAAGACAUACUCAAGAAGUCCAUCAAAGGAAUAGAAGGGAGCCUUAAAAGAGUGGUCAAGAAGAAGUUUGCAGACAAGCCUGAGGCGGGUGAAGAGUUUAUACAAAAAGUCUUGAAAAAUGUAGCCAUUUCAUCGGACGCAAAAGCUGCAGUUCAGAGCACAGAUCUGGUUUUGGAAGCCAUUGUGGAAAAUCUUAAAAUCAAACAGGAUCUCUUCGGCGCUCUGGAUAAAGUUGCACCUGAGCACACAGUCUUUGCCAGCAACACUUCCUCCCUGCCCAUCACGGACAUUGCCAGCUCUACAGCCAGACUGGACCGCUUUGGUGGUCUGCACUUUUUUAACCCAGUUCCAAUGAUGAAACUUGUGGAGGUUAUUGGAACAUCAUCAACAAGCCAGGAGACAUUUGACUCUCUCUUGAACUUCAGCAAAGCUCUGGGGAAAACACCAGUGUCUUGCAAAGAUACACCUGGCUUCAUUGUGAACCGUCUUCUAGUUCCUUACAUGAUGGAGGCGAUUCGGUUGCAUGAAAGAGGCCAUGGAUCCAAAGAGGACAUUGACAUCGCCAUGAAACUUGGUGCUGGUUAUCCGAUGGGACCGUUUGAGCUUCUUGACUACGUUGGACUGGAUACAGCAAAGUUCAUUAUGGAUGGCUGGAGUGCUAUGGACCCUGGAAACCCACUUUUUGCACAGAGCGAGCUGCUUAACAAACUGGUCGCCGAAGGGAAAUAUGGCAAAAAGACAGGAGAAGGGUUUUACAAGUACAAGUAAUGUAAAUAAAACUCUUAGGGUGAAUGAAUUGACAUCAGUCGUUUCUAAAUGCCUGACUUAAAUACUUGAUAGAAAGCUAUUGCAGGAAACUAUGUGCCUUUUUCACAAUUGAAAAACUAUGUGCAGUUGUCUAUGAGCCAUGAGUGUUGUAUGCAUGAUAAUAAUACAAUUUUUCAAAGAUUGGCGUUGUGGCUCUGGUAUUUACCCACUCACCCUUAUUUUCAAUCUGUCCAACAUGGCUCAGUAUGUAAUGUAUUUCACUACAUUUCAACGUUUUACAUUCAUAGUCAGAAUUGAGUUUGAUACCAAUUUGUGUUUUUGGUCUAUUCUAUUUUUUCAAUUACUAGAAGAAAUACAAUGUGUAAAGUUAAGUGAUAUUUCCCCAAGAAGACACAGGGGGGCGCUGACUUACUAUAAAUGUUGAAUCGUGGAUAAGUAGAUGCAGACCGUCUAUAAAUAGAAGUCUUUGAUGUUGGCUGUCUUAUUAACAGCGUCUACUUCAAAAAUAAUCUGAAACUAAAGCUUUAUAAAAAUGUACAGCUUCAAGUAGAGACAGGAUGUUCUUUUAAAUCUCGCCACAAACUUAAGAUUGAUAAUGUCCGUAACACAGAAUUCUGCAUUGUCGUCCUGAGGAGAAUUUAUGAAACUCAUCAAGGUGUUUUUAUGGUCAUGUUGGAAAGCUGUGCCCUAAAUCUGUUUUUAUAAAAAAAUAACCACCUGCACAUGAAUAUUUAAUUUACAUGUCGCUACUAUUUGACAAGUGUCUCUAACAUGGACAAAUGAGCCAAGUGUGCAUUUUUUAUUUUCUUUAAAAAACAACAAAAACAUGUUGAAACAGUUCAAAUAUGACCAUUUGGGAAGCGAAUGCUAUACCAAGAUGACAGUGACCCAAAAAGAUGACAAUUAAAAAGGAAUUGGUCAAGUAAUAGUAAAAUAGAACAUUAAAUCAAAAUGUUACAGAGAUGCUUGAAUGGAAUAAACAACAUGGCAAAAGACCACACUAUUAGCUACCAGAGAAAAAGACAAAAGGUCCAUUGCAAUAAAAGAAAAGA